AUGCAAGGGGAUAUGGUUUCUGAAAUUGAACAAAAGGAACUCACGGACUUUGACAAAGAAAGUGCUAUGCCUGGUAGAACGCUUAGAAAGCGAGCAGCAAUGUCUCCCGAUGCUGCAAGCACAGAAGUCUCCAGCAAAAAAGCCAACAACAAUGAUGAAUCUGUUAAGGAAGUGGAACCUAGACAGCUGGCUUUGUAUGGCCCUGCACCUUUCAGUGAUGAAGAAGCCGCUAUCUUAGAGAGAAACAGGGUUGAUUAUUCCAAAAAAAUCACCAUUGCCAUGGCCAAAGCUAAUUCCGCGGGUCGUCCUGUGAGAAUUUACGCUGAUGGAAUUUAUGAUCUAUUUCAUCAUGGUCAUGCUAACCAAUUGCUCCAAGCAAAAAACGCUUUUCCUAAUGUCUAUUUGAUAGUUGGAGUGUGUGGAGACUCUAAUACACACCGAUAUAAAGGACGAACCGUCACAUCUGAAGAAGAACGUUUUGAAGCAGUCAGGCAUUGUCGCUAUGUCGAUGAAGUUUAUCGUGAUGCUCCAUGGUUUUGCACAGUUGAAUUCCUGAAAGAACUUAAGGUUGAUUUCAUUGCUCAUGAUGCAAUUCCUUACGUUGCCCCUGGUGAAGAAGACUUGUACGAGAAGUUCCGACGUGAAGAUAUGUUCAUUGAAACUGAAAGAACCGAAGGAGUUUCUACCAGCGACGUUGUGUGUCGUAUCAUCCGAGAUUAUGAUAAAUACGUCCGAAGAAACUUGCAAAGAGGUUACACUCCAAAAGAAUUGAAUGUUGGCUUCCUUGCUGCUAGUAAGUAUCAAAUUCAAAACAAAGUUGAUAGCAUAAAGGAGAAAAGUAUGGAGCUGAUUAACAACUGGAGAAGUAGAUCAGAUGAGUUCAUCAAAGACUUCAUUGACACAUUCCAUCGUGAUGGCCGUUUGAAUGCUUUCGGAGGUCGACUACGAGAAUUAGUGUCUCGGUCACCUUCACCAGCAAUGGACGAAGAAGAGGAUUCAAUUCCAACAACCACAUCUACAAGCAAUGGUAUCUCUCAAUAA